CAACUUUAUUUAAAAUAACUAUCUCCUGAACAAGUCAAUCAGAUUAGCAUACUACACAAUCAUAUAAUAAAUUCUCUUAACCACCAAUCUCCCAUAAAUCUAGCAGAUGAGGAGCUACCUUAAACAUUGUACUAAGAAACAAUACUCACUCACAGAGCAAGAUGAAAGUUCAAGUCCUUUCCAGAGAGCUCAUAAGACCAUAUACCUCUACUCCACUGAGCCUCCGGGAAUAUAGUCUUUCAUUAGUAGAUGAGCUAUCCCCUGUCAUGUAUGUUCCGAUAAUUUUAUAUUAUGCUCAUGAUCCUGCAACAAGCGGUUCAAGAUGCGAGGACUUGAAAAUGUCUCUGUCUAAGGUCUUGACCAGAUUCUAUCCAUUUGCUGGAAGGUACAUGAAAGAUAGUUUCAUGGUUGAUUGUAGUGACCAGGGUGUCGAAUUUGUGGAAGCUAUCGUCGACGUUAGGCUUGAUGAACUUCUUGGCCAGGGGAAGAAUCUGAAGACUGAGGUGCUUAAUCAUUUGAUUCCUUGUGCUAUUGGUGCAAGCGGUGAAGCAAGUGAUCCUUUGCUUGCUGUGCAAGUUACUUCCUUUGCGUGCGGCGGAUGGGCAAUUGGAUCGAUGACCUCGCACAAAAUUGCUGACAUGGCGACUGCCUGCACGUUAAUUAACGAAUGGGCUAUUGAGGCGAAGCGACUACUAGAGGGCUCUGAUGGGAAUAAGUUACCAGUCAUGUCCCCUGUUUGGGAUUCGGCCUCUUUGUUUCCUGGAAAGAAAGUGUCUGGAAUUACAUUUCAAAUGUCAAGGGAAAAACAAGAUGUCAGCGAUCAUCAGAUUGCUACUAAGGUGUUUUCCUUUGACAACUCCGCGAUCUCAAAAUUUUGUGGAAAAAUCAGAGUGGAGAACUCAAGCGAGAGCCUGCCAACAAGGGUACAGUCCGUGUUUGGAGUGAUAGGGAAAUCGAUUAUUGAUAUAAAUGCAGCUUAUACUAAGGAAUUCCUGGCUAUUGAACCAGUAAACCUGAGGGAAAGAACCGAACCUUCCAUUUCAAAAAAUCAUUGUGGUAAUCUGUACUUAUUAACGACUAAUCAAAUUGUGGCAGGCGAAGCAGGAGUGGAACUUCAUAGUAUUGUAGAUCUGCUUACGCAGACUGUCAAAAGAGGAGUGGAGAAAUGUAAAAUGAUACUAUCACCCGAAGGGCCAAUGAUGAUAAGCGAAGGCUUUCAUGAGGUGACAAGUACACUUGCAAAGCCUAAAAUUGGUGCCCUUUCAUUUUCUGACUGGAGCAAGUUUCCGUUUUAUGAAGCAGAUUUUGGCUUGGGAAAACCUGUGUGGAUCAGUAUUGUCAACCUUCCCGGGCCAAAUUGCGUCUUCCUUUUAGGCGACAAAUUUGGAGAAGGGUAUGAAGCUUGGGUGAAUUUGACCUCAAGUGACAUGCUUAAGUUUGAACAGGAUUCAAGCAUUGUGGAAUAUAGCACUUGAAAGCUUGCAGAUCUAUCAACUGUGGAGUUGUUCCACCAGUGAUCACAAUAUGAAGAUAUGAAGAUUCAGGGACUCUUUCCCUAAGUUGUAUGUCCUCAGUUUGUUACUAAAUGAAAGGUCUUGGAUUUUUACA